UAAAAAAACAGUGUGCGUCGUUUUCGCCAGCUUCAGCUCAUAUAUUUGUUUGCGUUCUGAUCUUCCUAAAAUGGAAUUUUCUGCCGACCUUCCGUUUAUAGAUAUACUUACAUAUAUAACAAAUGAACUUCAACAAACAUACAAAAACAGCAAUGAAAAAACAGAGAAAGUCAAAGUGCUUAAUGAAUUUUUUGAGCGAUGGGACAAUGACAAUUCAAUUAAAAUUCUUAAAUCUUUAAACUUUGAAUUUGAGCCCGACUUGGAUUGGUUUAAUGUUAGUCGGCCAUUGUCGUUAGCCGGAUUGCGAGGAAAAAUAGUUGUUCUUGACUUUUUCACAUAUUGUUGCAUUAAUUGCAUACACAUAUUACCCGAGCUGCACAGUCUGGAAGAACAGUUUCCCAUUGACAGUGGGCUUGUAGUCGUCGGUGUGCAUAGUCCAAAAUUUGAAAACGAACGGGCCACUGUUAACAUUCAGUCAGCUGUUCACCGAUAUGGAAUCACACAUCCCAUUGUUAAUGAUACCAGGUCAGCAUUGUGGAGCCGCCUAGGAAUACGCUGUUGGCCAUCUCUGAUGGUUCUAAGUCCGACUGGUCGGCCUUUGUUAAUACUAAUGGGCGAAGGACACGGAAAAUUCCUCGAAGAAUUCAUCGGAGCUGCCUUGUUAUUUUUUCAAAAGCUUGGAAAAAUCGAUCACGGCAACUUGCCUUUGGAGUUAUCAAGUAACUUUUACCCGGCGUCUAAUUUACGUUUUCCGGCCAAAAUAACGAGAAGUCCGCGUGGCGACAAAUAUGCGAUUGCAGAUUCCGGUAAUAACCGCAUCCUUGUUGUGACUAAAGAUGGAGUGGUAGAACACAAGAUAGGAGGCUAUCAAGCUGGUUUUGCUGACGGAAAUUUAAUAACAGCACGCUUUAAUAGUCCUCAGGGAGUAGCAUUUAUCGACGAAAAUGUUCUAAUCGUUGCCGACACUAAGAAUCACUGUCUUCGAAAAAUCUGUUUAACAAAUAAGCAGGUUGAUACUCUGGCUGGAACAGGUGUUCAAGGAAGCGAUCGUAUUGGAGGGCGCAUAGGCAACGUGCAACCUAUAUCAUCUCCUUGGGAUGUGGCCAUAUUUCGGACUCGUGAUAUGGAUAUGUCAUUUCAUCUUGAUGAACUCAACGUGCCCGAAAAGCCUAUUGUUCUUAUUUCGAUGGCCGGUACCCACCAAAUUUGGGGCUAUUUUCCCGAAGGUAUUAUUUGGUGGAAGUUCCGUAAAUUCGAGCCCCUUUGUUGUGUUGCAUUGAUUGGAAACGGUUUGGAGGAAAAUCGUAAUAACUCCUACCCUCAAAAUGCAGCUUUUGCUCAGCCAUCUGGUCUGGCAAUGGCAAAGGACUAUUUAUUCAUAGCUGAUAGCGAAAGCUCUAGCAUACGUAAAGCAUCUAUGAUCGAUGGAAAGGUGAUGCCAGUGGCUGGAGGAGAUCGAAACCCACUUAAUCUGUUUGCAUUUGGCGAUGCGGAUGGAAAACUAUUCAAUGCGAAACUUCAACAUCCACUGGCACUUACUUAUGACGAUGUUAAUAAUAGGAUAUAUGUAGCUGAUACCUACAAUCAUAAGAUCAAAGUUAUUAAUAUAGAAGAUAAUAUCAUAUCUUCGUUGACAAUCAAAGGUCCUGACGAAACCGAUUUAAUUCUGAAUGAACCAGCUGGCUUGUGCGUAGACGUCGAUGGUCGAAAAUUGCUGGUAGCAGAUACAAACAAACACACAAUACACCUAAUAGACUUGAAAACGUUGAAAGCACAACCAUUUUCUCUGGAUUUUGGACAAGUAACGUCUACUAGCGAAACCGAUGCACAAGAAUCAAAAUAUUUAUUUAAGGAUGGAUCACCCCAUCACGUUAUUAAGGAAUUGUCUUUCCACUUAGAUAAAAAAAGUACAAUUUAUUUUCAUUUUCGACUCUCACAAGAACUAAAAUUUACUGAUGAAGCCCCCCAGACAUGGCUAGUAAAAACUGUAAAUCAAGCCGUAAUUCUGGAUCAAUUAUCUGGAACUGUAGAUAACGGAAUAUGUAAAUUGGAGGUGCAGGUUGUUCAUCCCGAUUUCUUCUGUGAAAACAGUAAUAUUAUUACCAUCCAUUUUUCGCUUAAUAUAUGUGCUUCAAUGUGUUGCCUAAUUAAGCAGUUUUCCAUAUCUCUAAAAAGUAACACGUUGAGUGAGGAAUACAUGCCUCACCAUAAUGUUUAUAUUAAAGUCGACCGAACAAAGAUAGGAAUAAAAUGAUGUAUACUUGGUUAAAAGAUAAA